CCCAAUGGCAGCAUCCCAGAAUGUAGGCUCCUCCUCUCGACGGACAGAACCCUCGGCCCUGGAAGGAGAGGCAGCGAUUCAAGAUGCGCUGCCUGACCACGCCCAUGCUGCUUCGGGCCCUGGGCCAGGCCGCACGUGCAGGGCAUCCCAGCGGCCGGAGCCUCCACAGAAGCACAGUGGCAGCCACCUACAAAUAUGUGAACAUGCGGGAGCCCUCAAUGGACAUGAAGUCGGUGACCGACCGGGCAGCUCAGACCCUGCUGUGGACCGAGCUCAUCCGAGGCCUGGGCAUGACCCUGAGCUACCUGUUCCGAGAGCCAGCCACCAUCAACUACCCAUUCGAGAAGGGCCCACUGAGCCCGCGCUUUCGCGGCGAGCAUGCGCUGCGCCGGUACCCGUCCGGGGAGGAGCGCUGCAUCGCCUGCAAGCUCUGCGAGGCCGUCUGCCCAGCCCAGGCCAUCACCAUUGAGGCUGAGCCUCGGGCCGACGGCAGCCGCCGGACCACACGCUACGACAUCGACAUGACCAAGUGCAUCUACUGCGGCUUCUGCCAGGAGGCCUGCCCUGUGGACGCCAUCGUUGAGGGCCCCAACUUCGAGUUCUCCACGGAGACGCACGAGGAGCUGCUCUACAACAAGGAGAAGCUGCUCAACAACGGGGACAAGUGGGAGGCCGAGAUCGCCGCCAACAUCCAGGCCGACUACCUCUACCGGUGACCGGCCCGCCGGCUGGCCCGAGGUCCCCUUCUGCCCAAUAAAAAGCUCUGACCUGCC